UCAUUUCAUUUCACACAAAAAAAAGAAAAAAAACACAAAAAAAAGAAGCAAAAAGUAUGUUGCAUUCUUGUAGUAAGGGGAAGAAGAUGACAAUAUGGAGCUUGUUUUUACUCUUCUCCCUUACCAAUUCAAUACAUGUUAUGGCUUCUCACGUUAGGCACUUGUGUCGGAAUGACCAGAAGAAUGCUCUUUUGGAGUUCAAGAACGAGUUCUAUGUCCAAGAUUUCAAUGCCAAUGGGGUUGCUGGUGACAAGAAGACAGAAACCUGGAGGAACAACACAGAUUGCUGCUCUUGGGACGGUAUCACAUGUAAUCCUAAAACAGGUAAGGUGGUAGAGUUAGACCUCAUGAACAGUUUUCUCAAUGGCCCUUUGAGAUAUGAUAGUAGUCUGUUUAAACUACAAUAUCUUCACAGCCUUGAUCUUGGCUCGAAUAAUCUUUCGGGUAUGCUACCGGAUUCCAUAGGAAACCUCGAAUAUUUGCGGGUUUUGAGUCUUGGUCGUUGCAAUCUCUUUGGAAAGAUUCCUUCUUCACUUGGAAAUCUUACUUAUCUCACUAAUCUUGAUCUUUCUGUUAAUGAUUUCACUGGUGAGCUACCGGGUUCGAUGGGGCAUUUAAACAAGCUAGCAGAGUUACAUCUUGGAUCGGCCAAGCUUAGUGGGAAGUUUCCUAGUUUGCUACUUAAUUUGAGUGAGCUCACAUUGAUCGAACUUGGCUUUAACCAGUUUGAAGGUACGCUCCCAUCUAAUAUGAGUAGUCUCUCCAAAUUGGUGUCUUUCGAUAUUGCUGGAAAUUCAUUUUCUGGAUCUAUUCCAUCGUCUCUCUUCAUGCUUCCUUCAAUGAACACACUUGUCAUGGGAAGAAACAACUUCAACGGUCCUCUUGACUUUGGGAAUAUGUCUUCACCAUCUAACCUUGGAGUUUUGUCUCUUCUUGAAAACAAUUUCAAUGGGCCAAUCCCGGAGUCUAUAUCGAAACUAGUUGGGCUAUGGUAUCUUGACCUCUCUUUAUGGGACACAGGGAGGGGUAUGGUCGAUUUCAACAUGUUCUUGCAUCUGGAGUCUCUAACGCUCCUUGACCUCUCUUAUAUUAAUACAAGAAGCACGGUUGAUAUAAGCAUAUUCUCACCGCUCUUGUUACUUGGUUACUUGGACCUUUCGGGUAAUGAUUUGAAGAUUAGUUCAACUCUCAGUCUCCCCUCACCGAUGGGAACCUUGAUUUUAUCAUCCUGCAAGAUUUCUGAAUUCCCCAAGUUUCUAGAAAACCAAACCGCUAUGUAUUAUUUAGACAUCUCUGCGAAUCGAAUUGGAGGCAAAGUACCAGAAUGGUUAUGGAGUCUGCCGGAUUUGCAGUAUGUAAACAUUUCUCAGAAUUUGUUCAGUGGCUUUGAAGGACCAGUGGGUGUUAUUCAAAGAUGUGGAAAACUAAUCAUGCUUGAUAUUAGUUCAAACACAUUCCAUGAUCCAUUUCCUUUGUUACCAAAGUCUACGACGAUCUUUUUAGGCUCCGAUAAUCGGUUUUCGGGAGAGAUUCCUAGGACAAUAUGCAAAUUAGUUUCUCUUGACACACUUGUUUUAUCCAACAACAACUUCAACGGUUCUAUUCCUCGGUGUUUUGGGAAAUUUAAUACUAGUCUUUCGGUCUUGCAUCUCCGGAAUAACAACUUCUCUGGUACUUUUUCAAAAGAAUCUAUCAGUGAACACUUGAGAUCAAUUGAUGUUGGUCACAACCAGUUAUCAGGAGAACUUCCCAAGUCAUUGAUCAACUGCACCCGUCUCGAGUUUCUCAAUGUGGAAGACAACAUCUUCAAUGACAAAUUCCCAGUAUGGUUGAGAUUGUUGCCCAAUCUACAGAUUCUUGUCCUCCGUUCUAACAAGUUUCAUGGGCCAAUAUCUUUUCCUGGAGAGUCCUCGAGCUUCAAAAAGCUGCGAAUCUUCGACAUUUCGGAAAACCGCUUCACUGGAGUCUUCCCAUCAGAUUACUUUGCUGGUUGGAGUGCAAUGUCAUCAGUCAUAGACAUUGUAGAUAUUAUGCCGAGUAGGUAUGCGGGACGUGACUCGGGAAACUAUCAAAACUCAGUGACUAUGACGCUGAAAGGAUCCGAAUGGGAGCUGGUUGGGAGUGUUUUCGCAAUUUACAAAACCAUCGAUGUUUCCGGAAACAAAUUCGAAGGAAGUAUCCCUGAAUCCAUCGGUUUACUUAAGGACCUGAUUGUGCUCAACAUGUCAAACAACGGUUUCGUUGGUAGUAUACCACCAUCGCUCUCGAACUUGACGAAUCUCCAAUCGUUGGAUCUAUCUAAAAACAGAUUAUCCGGAAAAAUCCCAGCAGAGCUCGGGAGACUCACGUUUCUAGCAAAGAUGAACUUCUCGUACAACAAGCUUGAAGGUGCAAUACCACAAGGCACUCAGAUUCAGAGCCAGGACAGUUCUUCUUUCGCAGAGAAUCCCGGGCUCUGCGGUGUUCCUCUCGAGGAAACCUGUGGAGGAAAAGAAGAAGGAGAAACAAAGCAAGAGCAAGGUCAAGAAAAAGAAGAACAACAAGUGUUUAGCUGGAUCGCAGCUGCAGUAGGCUACGUACCUGGUAUUGUAUGUGGACUCACCAUUGGCCACAUUCUUGCUUCAUAUAGACGUGACUGGUUCAUGAAAAUCUUUUGAUAUUUUGCAUAAUCGAAGCAUCACUUCUUCUUAGGAGGAUGAUAUAUAUAUAUAUCUUAUUGUAAUAAUAUAAUUAAUAAACUGUUACAACACUUGUCAUAGAGGAUAAGUGUAUUA